UUAAACAAUACACAGUAUUGAAUUCAUAUACAUAUAAAUAUAUCUUAUAAUCAUAAAAUGAUGAUGUCGGAUUAAUUGUUUGAACAUUAUUUAUUCUUAUCAUUAGAAAUUGACAACAAUGGCUAGUAAAAUACUUGCAGAUAAUGCUCCUGAUCCCAAUAGUGUUACAACUAAAUUAAGUGAAUGGGUAUCAAAUGUUACUUUGGAUGAUAUUCCAGAAAAUAUUAAAGAACGUGCCAAAUAUUUAAUUUUAGAUGGAUUAGGAUGUGCAUUGGUAGGUGCACAUUUACCAUGGUCUGAAGAAGCUGUUGAAGCUAUUACUAAAUUCGAAACACCUGGUGGUACUGCUCCUAUUAUAGGAUGGAAGGGAAAGAAAACAGGUCUUAUCUCUUCGGCAAUAAUCAAUUCUUCAUUCAUUCAAGGGUUUGAGUUAGAUGAUUAUCAUAGUUAUGCUCCUUUACACAGUAACUCUAUUAUUUUACCAACUUUAAUUAGUUUAUUAUCUAGGGAACCUGAAAAAUUUACAGGUAAAGAUUUACUUUUAGCAACUAUUGUCGGUUAUGAAGUUGGACCAAGAGUUGGUAGAUCAAUUGGUGGAAGUUCUAUUCUUUCUGUUGGAUGGCAUAGUGGUGCAGUAUUUGGACCUCCAGUAGCUUCUGCUUCAGCUGCAAAAUUACUAAAUCUUAAUGCAAGACAAGUUGAAGAUGCAUUUGGUAUGGCUUGUACUCAAGCAGCUGGACUUAUGUCUGCUCAAUUUGAAUCUUCUGUUAAAAGAAUGCAACAUGGAUUUGCUGCUAGAAAUGGAUUGUUUGCUGCUUUGAUGGCAGAAUCGAACUAUAAAGGAAUUUCAAAGGUUUUUGAAAGAAAAUACGGUGGUUAUAUCCCAGUUUUCACUCUAGGAGGUUUAAAACCAAAACCAGAAGAGAUUGCUCUUGGUCUAGGUGAGAUAUGGAGAACUGAAGGUGUAUUAGUGAAGAUACAUGCUUGUAUGGGUGGUAUUCAUUCUACAUGUGAAUCUGUCGGUAAUCUUUUGAAAGAUCAUGAUAUUAAAUAUCAAGAUAUAGAAAAAGUUACAAUUGAACUUACAGAAGCACCAUUCCAUCAUGGUGGUUGGAAGGCUGAAGCUCCUAUACAAGUUAUUGGUGCCCAAAUGAAUAAUGCUUACAUCGCAGCAACUAUAUUCAUUGAUGGAAGUUUAGAAAUGAAAUCUUUUGAUGAAAGCAAAUUGAACCGUCCCGAGGUUUGGGAUUUAGUUUCUAAAAUAGAAUGUAAACAAAAUAAUUUUGAGGGAGAAGUAGAUCCACAAUUUAAAUUAUGUACCCAAAUUACAGUUGAAUUGAAAAAUGGAGAGAAAUUUACCAAUAGAGUUGUAAAUCCAAAAGGUGUAUUAGUUCCAUUUUCGAAAGAUGAUAUUGUUGGCAAAUUCCGUCAUUUAACAAAUGGGAUAAUUUCUACAGAAGAACAAGAACGUAUAAUUGAAAGUGUAGUAAACUUAGAAAAUACUAGUAUUGAAGAAUUCUUAAAAGUGUUAGAUUUAGAUGUUAAAAGUCCAUUUGCUGUUUAGAGUGUUAUAGUAAUAAAUUAUAGUUUGUAUAAGUACUAAAGGGCGGCUAAAAUGUCUGCUACCUAUUUGCAACAUAUAGGCAAAUAGGUCGUGUGCAUGACAUAGUUUAGGUAAUAUACAAUAUCAUCGGAUAC